GCCAGAUGUAAUCAAAUUAGGUCUGAGAGAGAGAAGGAAUCAGAUCUUCACACACCUGCUGAGAACAUGAAGAUGAAUCGUGUGUUUUUGGUCCUGGGCUUUGUCCUGAUCAUGGCGCUCUACUCAGAUGCUCAGCCUAAAGCUGUUGCACCUACAGAAUGCUGCUUUGAGUUUUUCACUGGCAAAAUUCCUCCCCAAUACAUCCUGGAGGUUAAAAAGACAGACUCACAGUGUCCACAGAAAGGCUUCAUUGUUACUACUCCUAAGUUCCCCAGACUGUGUGUUCAUGAAGUCACCAUGGAAUUAAAAGCUUAAAGCAUCUUAAUGCUGCAACUGAGAUGCAACACACACCAUUUAUUAUGAUGCUUAUGGAUGUUACUGAUGCUUAAUGUGAUGCAGAUUCAAAUAAAGUUAUA